GAAUAAUACGCACCACGUACAUUGCAUUAUAUACAAAACAAUUUGGAUUAUCUUCUUUAGGACGUUAAAUCUUGAAAAUUGUUUUCUUAUAGUCAUUAGUAUGAACAGUCCUAACAGGUUUAACGUAUAACUGUGUAUAAUUUACUCGGCUAGCGGAUAAGAAUACGGAAAGAUAUAAAAAUAUUAACCUAUGAAUGAAGAAGAAGAUUUGGUGAAUUGUGAAUGGUAUAAUAACUGAUCACCACAGGGUACAAUGUGAGGCAUGUAAAUGGUACAGAAUGGUAAACUGAUCAGCAACCAAACCAUGAAGAUCUCCGAAUCAGAAGCCAUCGUAACGUUAUUAUUAACUUAUCUUUAAACAGCAAAUCCGUAUGACCAACCAAAGAUAUAGGAACCAAUACAGUGAAUAUGCAACACGUCCGUUUCGAGGAGAUAUUCGGCAGAUCAAACCAGUACCGAGACCGAAAUAUCACAUCCAAAACAUCAGAAAAAUCGAAUUCGGUGACGAACUUAAUGACGGUAUGGAUCGUGGACCAUCAUUGGUGCGGCGGAAUUCAGAUCCCUUUUUUAGGCGACCACGUAAUAUCCGUUCCCUUAACCCAGCCUCAAAAGCAAGGAUACCACCCCCUCCAGAUAGACUACGUUUAGAAAACGCCAAGCCCUACAGAACUCAAUCUCUUCCAGGUGAUAUUUCCCGCCGGAAACUACCUCCAAUGCCGCAACCAGUAUAUAAUCCAAAUGUUCGCAACACACCGCUUUUUCGACCACCGCCUAAAUUUGUUCCAGUCAGAAGUCGUAAUCCUGAUUUCAUGCCUCAAGUAGAAAAUCCAUAUAGACCGGUGCAAUAUUCUUUAGAACCAGUUAAUCAUGCAGGUUAUUAUUUUGUUGAACCAUCGCAACAACCGCCAGACGCUUACAUCCUGAUGGAUAAUGUUUCACGAGAUUCAAACAUAGCUGCUACAGAUGGCUCUGGUGCAGAUAUUGACCGUAAACGACACUUGCGACAGAACGGUCGAAAAAAUAAUAGACUUGUGGAAGGAGAACGGUACCCGACAAGAAGAGGUUUAUGUGGUUCUUGCAAUUCAGUGUUUCUUAUAUCACUUUGGGGAUUUCUCAAAAUUGUUGAGCUAAUAUGUAGCUUGACCAUUUUGAUAUGUGCUAGUUUAGAAGUUAGUAACUGGGCUAUUGCUCUAUGGAUUGUAUUUGUAGCAGUUUUGGGUAUUUUAGCAAGUGCUGGAACAUUACUCUUUCAUUUAAAUAGAGGUCACUUAAAAGAAAGACACUGGGUGUUGUAUGUGGAGUUUUGUGUUUAUCUGUUUGUGACAUUUUGUGUGUUGUCGGUCGCUAUACUAGCCACAGUACAAGAUACAAAAUCUGGAGGUGUUACAUGUUUAAUUGUCGUGGGAUAUAUAGCAACACUACUGUUUGGUAUUGAUACCAUUAUAACAGGUUCAAAUAUAGGUAGAAGAACAUUAGCAUGAGACGUAAACCUAUCAUAUACCCACUUAACGCUCCACCUCACUUAUCUUAUCCCAGGGUUAAAAGGAUAUAUGAAAGACCGCAGAUUUUACUUGAUCCUUGGGAAAAGAAACUUCACUAUAACGACUUUCGGCCAUCUCGUCACAACUUUAACCUAAAUAAUCCACGUGAUCCUAGAUUGCCAGACAGAGUUGACAUUCGUUAUUACCAGAACGGACCACCUCGAUAUCUGAAACCAAUUUACCGCGACAGAGACUACGAGUAUCCCGAAUCUAAUUGGAACUUCCCGCACGACGACCUGCCGGAACGUUAUCCCACGGCCCCCAAUCGGUAUAGGCGGCCACCUGCAGACUUUCGUGGCGGAUUUUUAAGUUUUCCAGAUCGGGACUACCGUCGUUAUCAACGUGAUGUGCUGAAAGACUUCCGUGAUGAAGAUCUCUUGCGGGAUGAUAGUAGAACUCACGUGACUGUGUAUCAUCCUCGUCAACCAAAUAAAAGAGAAUUUCCUAAAGUGUAUCAUUAUAAACGUAGAAACUGGAAAUUCCCGGAUUUCGAUAAUGAAUCUAGAGAUAUAGACUUUACGAGUGAAAAUGAACUAGAUUCUAAUUUACCAUCAUUAGGAACAAAUGUAGAUUCAUUAAAUGCUAACUAUCAUCAACGUAGGGACUACAAAUUACCUAAUUUUAAAAGUUAUGAUGACUGGAGAAUACAGAAACGACGUGCUCAACAGUUAUCAACCAUACCAGCUAAACCUAAACUAAGAAGAGAGCAUUUCUGGUCAGUCGACUCCAUUCCAACCGAGGACAGACAUCGUCGCAGAGAUAUUCCAAAUUUUAAAACGCACGCCGAUUGGAAUGUUCCGCGAGACAGGAAUUCUGUAUCAACUAUUCCGAAUCCUUUUCCCGAUCAGGACGAUUUCCCAUCUUCUAUAGCUCCAUUGGAAUCUCGAGUCGAAGAUGGGUUCUCAACAAAACCGUUCCCAAAGAGAUCUACAUACGAUGCCUCAUCCCUGGUUCGUCCUUACAUACCCAAGCCUCGUAAGGAUCCCGAUCUUCAAGACAAUCAAUCUGUUGGUACCAGAAACGACCAACUGACGGAUAUUCCUGUACAUAGAUCUAUCCGCGAUGACCGAAUAUCAAAUGCGAAUAGUGACAGACUUUCUGCUGGUGUAGCCAACCGUUCAACUGAUUCCAGGCAACUGGAUCCAGUUUUCAAAAAAGGCGAUGAUCCCAAAAAAGUCCCCAAAUCAGUCGGGACUAUGUAAAAAAGGCCUGUGGAUUAAUCAGGUAGAUAAAUAAGCUAUUUUCUCUACAUGUGGGUUUUGAACAUUGUUUGAAGAAUCUAAAUUGCGGAUAAGAAAACUAGAUUAUAAUGAAUGAGUACCGAAUGUAUUUCUAUUGAAAAAAGAGCCCACUUAAUAAUGCUGGUCGACUGGGAAUAUAGUAGUGAAAAAUACUAUUUGUAUUAAUUGUGUGUAAUUUUUUUGAUUGCAUUUACUAGUAACUAUUUUACACAAAAACUCUACCUAAAAGUAAUGCAAUCAAGUUCGUUCGUUGCUUGAGGCAUAACGUCUGCUUCCACCUUGGGUAAUAUCGCAGACAAGUAAUUUCUGAGAAACUUAUGAGAGGAGUCGGAUAAUAGGUUAAAUCUAGCAUAAGUAGGAGACGCAUGCUCGAUUAGGAGGCCUUUUCAAUUGCAAUCAAGCACCGCGAUCUUUCCAAAUACAUGUAUACUGUAGAACCAAAAUGUAAUUUAGCAUUUGUAUCAGUUUAAUUUUGGAACACAGAGCACAUAUUUUGGAAGAAGGAAAUGGACAUUGUGUUUAAUGAUGAUGUAUUAUAUUGUGUCAAUUAUUCAGCUGAACUUUUAAAAUAUUAUAUUAGACUGUUUACCUCAUAUUCCAUGAUUGUCUGUAGCAGUGAUUCUCAACGAGUGUGCCGCGAGAUCUACCUAAGUGUGCCGCGAAAUUUUGAACAGCACACUAAUAAGAAAAUGCGAAAAACCACGUGAUCCCAAUUGCGUAUUCACUGGUGUACAUAGCUGUGUUUUCUUUAUUUAGUUUUGAGUCUUUCUAUGUGUCUAUGACUUGUCUGUGUUUACAGUUGUAUGUCGUCUGACUUAUGUUUUUAUUUUGCAAAAUUCAAAUAUUUUUCAUAUAUAUUAAGCCAGGUGUGCCGCUAUUUUUUCAUUUGUUCCAAGGUGUGCCGUUGGCAAAAAAAAGUUGAGAACCACUGGUCUGUAGUCAUCAAGUUAUUCAAAACUAAAAUAACUUAUUAUUAUAAUACUGUGCCAUUUAAAUAUCUGUGAUAAUUAUUGAGAUUUAUUAUGUAAAUAAAAAGUUUAUAUUUGUUUAUAAUAA